GCUGUCAGAGCCGGAUUGGCUUGCGGUGGAGACGGAAGCAGCCCGGGGUCCCGAGCGGCUGUAGCCGGGCCGCGGCGAUGCGGAGCGCGGGCUGCGGCGGGGCUGCUCGGCCCGCGCUGCUGGGGCUGCUGCUGACGCUCUUGGUGCCGGGUGGUGGCGCCUCCAAAACCAGCGUGGGGCUCGUGACCUGCGGGUCGGUGCUGAAGCUGCUCAACACGCACCACAGGGUGCGGCUGCACUCUCACGACAUCAAAUACGGAUCUGGCAGCGGCCAACAGUCGGUGACCGGCGUGGAGUCCUCGGACGACGCCAAUAGCUACUGGCGGAUCCGCGGCGGCUCGGAGGGCGGGUGCCCGCGCGGGCUCCCGGUGCGCUGCGGGCAGUCGGUGCGGCUCACGCACGUGCUCACUGGCAAGAACCUGCACACGCAUCACUUCCCGUCGCCACUAUCCAACAACCAGGAGGUGAGCGCCUUUGGAGAAGAUGGUGAGGGUGAUGACCUGGACCUGUGGACAGUGCGCUGCUCUGGGCAGCACUGGGAGCGUGAUGCCUCUGUGCGCUUCCAGCAUGUGGGUACCUCUGUGUUCCUGUCAGUCACUGGUGAGCAGUAUGGGAGCCCCAUCCGUGGGCAACACGAGGUGCAUGGCAUGCCCAGUGCCAAUACGCACAACACAUGGAAGGCCAUGGAAGGGAUCUUCAUCAAGCCCAGUUCGGAGCCCUCUGCAGGUCACGAUGAACUCUGAGUGUGUGGAUGGGUGAAUGGAGGGUAGCAGGGUAGGACAGCUGCAGAGCCACUCUCAGCAAAGACUUUGGGUUUAUAGGGGUCCUUAAGUGCCUUUAUGAUUAAAGAAUGUUGGUCUGUGAUUGUGUUUGC